AUGAAGGCGUCUCGACAGGACGUCUCUCCGUCGCUUCCCAAAGUGCCCAUUGCUCGCUUGGUAGGCCACGAUGGUCCUAUCCAACAGGUCCAAUUUGCCGCCAAUGGCAAAUACUGUUUGACAGGUGGUCAUGACCGAACUGUGCGUCUCUGGAAUCCACUCCGCAUUGAUCCUGCCUUUCCACCACCUCCCGCGUUGCCACCGUUGCCAUCCGGCACAGCCACUACUCCUAGUAGUUAUACUUCUAUGGACUCCUUGGCACGAUCCUUGCCCAUUCAAUCCUACGCCAACGGCCACACCCAUCCCAUUUCCGCACUGGCAUUGGAUUCCUCCUCCACUACGCUGGUGGCCGGAUCCAACAAGACGGUUGUCAUUACCGACAUUGUCACGCAACAAGUCAAACGACGAUUUCAAGGACACACGGGACGCAUCAAUGCCGUUGCCAUUAGUCAUGGGUGCGAUACCUACUUGUCGGCAUCCUACGAUGGUACCGUCAGAAUAUGGGACGGACGCAGUCACAACAGUUACGAACCCAUCAUGACACUCACCGAAGCCAAGGAUUCCGUGACGGAUAUUCAUGUCGUGCAAGAUGAUGAAAUGGAAAGCAGCAGCCACAAGAAAAAACGAAACAACCAAAAUACCACUGCCUUGAUUCGAACCGCUUCCGUCGAUGGUGUCGUACGGACCUACGAUAUUCGCAAGGGAAGUCUGGCAGCAGACGAUUGUGGGAGUGCCAUUACGGGCAUGACACCCACCUACGAUGGACAAUGCCUCGCCUUGAAUUGUUUGGACGGUGCCAUUCGAUUGAUGGAAUUGGAAAGUGGGGAAUUGCUCAACACGUACACGGGCAGUCAUGUGGCCGGACAGUAUGGAUUGCAAUGCGCCAUGACUGCCGACGAUGCCACGUUGGUGACGGGAUCGGAAGAUGGGACGGCCGUCUUGUACGAUAUCGUUCGUGGGACAACCGUUCAAACAUUGCAGGGACACACGCGGGCGACUUGUUCCAUUGCGACACAUCCCCAACGCGAGUGUUCGUCCGUAGUCAUUACAGCCAGCUACGAUGGAACCGCCGUGGUCUGGGCCAAUCACGAGGGAUUCAUGAAAUGGCAAGAUGGAUGA